UGAUGACGGCUAUUCCCUUGAGCCCUGAGGGGAAAAGAAAGCUCAAGUUGAUACAGACUUACAGAGAGUAGAAGAGUGGAAAGAGGCGCGAUUUGUGAGGGUGACCUGAGAGUGGGAGAUAAUCUAAUCGGAAUAUCACGAUGUGGAGAAGGGUUUCUUCUCAGCUGCAAACCCUGGUGGCAUGGAGAUCCGCCAUGAAACUUGAACGAUCCGUCAUCGGCGGAGAGAAGAUCUUAAGAAACCGAGCGCUUACUUCGGCGUCUUCCUCACCGGCACCAUCUCCGUUCCAGAGAACCGCCCCUUUGUUUUCUCAUCAGGCCAGUUCUGAUGCCGAUACUACUCUGUCGAAUGGGAAGAAGAUGGUGGAAGAUAUUAUGCCCAUCGCCACCGGACACGAACGGGAAGAGCUGGAGGCAGAGCUCGAGGGAAGGAAUCUUCUUGAAAUGGAUUAUCCCGUUGGUCCUUUUGGUACCAAGGAAGCACCUGCUGUUAUUAAGUCUGUGUAUGAUAAAAGAAUAGUUGGAUGUCCUGGUGGUGAAGGGGAGGAUGAGCAUGAUGUCGUUUGGUUUUGGUUGGAGAAAGGCAAGCCACAUGAGUGCCCUGUUUGUUCUCAAUACUUCGUGCUGGAAGUUGUUGGACCAGGGGGACCACCUGAUGGCCAUGGUGACGACGACCACCAUUGAUUCAGCUUUUCCUGCUGGAAUAAAAUCUGAUGAGGUGACAAGGUGGCUACUGUUAUACUUUGUAGCUUCAAAGUUCAAAGAGCUACUGCAGUUUGUUUUUGCUGGAACUUCAGUUGUCAUAACCCCCGUGUCUACCCUGUUUUUUAGUCCUUGAUUUUUGUUUUUAGGCCUGGUCACCCAUUGAACCAUUGAAUUCUUUUAGCCUUAUUGAGUGCAUCAUCAAAUAAUUGAUGACAACAAUUUAGACUUUUCACCUCUCUUCAAAUCAAGGGGGAUUGUUACACUUUUUUACCUUUAGUCCUUUUUGAUGUAUCUUAUUGCCCUUCAUUUGAGUAAUCAAUUUAGCCAUGGUUUUGUAAGAAAUUGUCGAAACAGGGAAUCAAUGAUAUCAUCUGAAAGUCAAAUAGGUCAAUGCAAUAUGGAAGAAUUUGAAACACUGUUCA